AUGCCCCAGGCUUGGCUGGACACCGCGCACCACGGCCCCAUCCAUGCCGUGCAGCUGGAUCAUUUCGGCAAGAGGCUCGCCACGGCCUCCUCCGACCACCGGGUGCGCGUGUGGGACGUGGAGUCCAGGCAGCUCGUGGUGGAGCUGGGCCGGGACGGACCACCGAGCGGCCACGGUGGCGCCAUCUGGGCGGUCGCGUGGGCGCACCCGACCCACGGGCAGGUGCUGGCCUCGGCAGGCGAGGACAGGUGCGUGCUGUUCUGGCGGGGGCCCGUCUGGCGCUCCGACUCGACCGGCGAGACCGAGGACGACUGGUGCGCCAUCCCGGCGGCUGCAGGGCGCGGUGAUCGCGGUGGCCUUCGGCCCCUGGGAGUACGGUCUGCAGCUCGCUGCGGCCAGCCGGGAGUCCCCUGUCCUGCACUUUGGACCAGGUGCACUCGGAUCCUGCAAUUCUGGACCUUCUUGGAGCGGUCGCACGAUGACGCUCCACGAAUGUUGGGCAAUCCAUGUGCGGGUGUAUUUUCGAGGUGA